AUGGAACUAAUCCCAAGCUAUACAAACUACAGGUGGGACAGUUCUGACCCUGAACGACGACCACCGCCAUUGCCUAUGAAUCCCGGUGCUGGCAGCCCGAAAACACGAUCAAACGCCUCCCCAGGCAUUCAAGCAGUCACAGCGAGCCUCGCAGAAAAGAUGCGCGAAAAUGCUCCUAGCCCAUACACGAUAAAUCCUAUGCCUCUCAAAUCAUCUCCAGAAAAAUCCUUGGUCAAAGGGCAAUAUCACAGACGAAUGCAGUCGCUUCAGCCGACAACUGAUGCACGAACCGAGUUCCGCAACUUUGUCGAGAAUAGGUCACCAGAACGAAAGACGCGAUCAUCCACUUUUAAUGAUGACUACUUCGAUAAGAGCCCUACUCGUGUGGGCACAUCAGGAUCACAAGACUCUGGUCGUGACUCGCCGUCUCUUUAUGUCUCCAACCGUUAUCUUUCGAAACCUAUAAUUGGCGAGAACACUCCACCUUCAGCUACCAUGCUGGCGUUACAAAACAUGCAGCUCCCUGGCGACGAGCUUAAAUCGGUUCAAGUGUCAGUGUCUAAACCGGCCACAGCCACAACGCUGCCCGAAAGCAAUUUAUCCGAACAGAUUCAAAGCCUAACAAACAUUGCAACAAGUCUGCAGAAAGAGAUGACAAGUCUGACAAGACGAAGCAAAGAUAACGCCACCGAUUUACUAAGCUUGAAAGCGGCUACGAAUGCGCGCGACGAGGAUAUACGAAAGAGUAUCCGCGAUUUAGCCAACAACAUCAGCUCCAAGCUCCUGGAUCCUGAGAGUGCGAGUACAAGGUCUGGAGCCUUUGGAUCUGUAAGAAGUGGAUAUAGUAUUGACAGCAAGCCAUUCGACAGCCCGCCAAACCACCGGAAAUCGUUUAAUCUUCCUCGGGUAGCUAGUCCUUCAAGCUUCGCUGCAGCUUUGGAGCGUGACCUUUGUGGAUCGCCUGCACCCAUUAGUGACGGCUCUGCGAGCAUUGCACUGCUGGAAAAGGUUUUGCGUGAAAUGGCUACGAAAGAAGCCCAAGAGAAGCUGUUAGAACUUGUCGACGAAGUGAAAAAGAGGCCUGCCAAGGAUGGAAGCACCAAAGAGGCUGACCAGAACGUCACAAAAAUGCUAGAGGAAAUCCUGAACCUUGUCAAGGAGAAUCCGACGAAUCGAGCUCUGAUAAGAUCUGACGCGGAAGAACCUGGCUCUCUAGAACGCACACGAUCCGGCCCAAUUGUUCUCAGCUAUGACUCAAAUGGCGCUGAGAAAACUGCCAUCAGCGAAGAUAUUAUCGGUCUUCUCAACAGAAUCAAGAACAGCGUGGCUGAAGGUGGAGGUCUGACAAGUGAAGUCAAAGCUCUUGUUCGUGAGUUGCGGGGAGAGGUCUUGGGCAUGGGACGAGAAAUCGGCCGGAAACUCGAGGAAGCUUCUAUUUCCAAGUCUGAAGAAGACGCCCCGCGAUCUUUGGGGGCAGACGAAGUUGCAGAAAUAGUUCGUGCCGGACUCGCUGAAUUGAAAGAGCAAAUGUAUUCCAUGAUUCAAGAUCAUCAGCAGACACUCUCGACUUCGUUGACUCGCAGCGGCGCCGAUGCAGAUGACGUUUUCACAGCUGUUCGGUCUGCAUUAGAAGAAUAUUCCCCACAGCAUCUAGCAGCUCCAGCACCGAGCACUGUGGGCAUGGACAAGGAAGACAUUCUUGAAGCAGUCAGAGAGGCUUGGGAAGUGAAUAAGCCAGAAAUUGAACUGCAAAAUUUCGGCCUGGAGCGAGAAGAAAUCCUCGAAUGUCUCACUGAAGGAUUGAAAGCUUACCAGCCCAAGCAUGAUGAGGCCAUGACUUACGACCACGUUUUGGCUGCAGUCCAGGCUGGAAUGCAAAGCUUCGUCCCACCACCUAUCGAAGCGCCACCAGCAAUCACCCGCGAGGAAGUUGCUGAAGCAGUCAAAGAGUGCCUGGAGUCCUUUGAACUAACUAUCCCCGAGCCCAACAUUACCAAGGAAGAUAUCUAUGCGGCAGUAUCGGAAGCAAUGGACAAUCAACAACGCGCACUUCCUCACGCAGAAGACAUGCCCAAAAUUACCCGUGACGACGUAUUCGAAGCCGUAGCCGAAGCCUUGGGCCGGUCAACUUUAGCAGAGUCUCUAAAUGCUGCUGGUCUGACUCGCGAUGAUGUUCAUGGUGUUGUUAUGGAAGCUAUGGCUGGCCAACGGGGGCUUACCAUGGAUGAGGAUGCACCUAAACUUACUCGUGACGACGUCUUCGAAGCCGUAGCAGAAUCUCUCAAUGCUGCUGGUAUAACCCGUGACGAUGUUCAUGCCACUGUUAUCGAAGCUAUGGCUGGCCAACGGGCGCUUCCCAUGGAUGAGGAUGUUCCUAAACUCACUCGUGACGACGUCUUCGAAGCUGUAGCAGAGGCCAUGGCUCGCUCAACAUUGGGAGAGUCCCUUAAUGGGACUAGUCUAACCCGUGAUGAUGUUCAUGGCGCUGUCGUUGAAGCCAUGGUCGGCCAACGGGCAAUCACUCAAGAUGAGUCCGACACUGGAUUGUCUCGGGAUGAUGUCUUCAAUGCGGUUACGGAAGGUCUGGCGGCACACUUUGCGGCUGCCAAGGAAAUGGGCGAGUCAUCGGUUACUCGAGAAGAUGUCAUGCAAGUCAUCAAUGAUGCUCUGGCUUCUCAUAGUAACGCUCUGGUCACGCAGGAGCCUGCUUUGACUCGAGAAGAUAUUGUCAGUGCAAUCUCGGAAGGGUUAGUUAACCAGAGCUCUAUCAGCCGAGAAAUCGAACUCAACAAAGAUGAUCUAUUCGAGGCUGUGACUUCUGGCCUUCAGGAGGCGGCAGCUUCUUCUCAGCUCAACGUCGGAGACCAAGUCCUUGAUCGGCUCCGCGACCUCGUUCAGGAAAUGAAAGACGAGUUCAAACAGUAUUCCGCCGCCAGUGGACACGACACGGAACAAGUACUCGAUUCCAUGAAAGAUGGACUUCAAGUGCUCAGAACUGAUAUUGAAUCUUACGUCGACAAGGCUGCAGAUGUAACCGGAAAAGAGGAAAUUAUAUCCACCGUCAAAGAAGGUUUCCGACUGUUACAGGCUGACCUUGAGCACUCUAUUAACGAAGCAGCUCUUCGAAGCUCCGGUUCUCGCGGGAACCCCGAUACCCCUGAGCUUCUUGACGCCAUGGAAAAGGAAUUUGAACAUCUUCGCUCAACACUCAGUGGCUUGUUGAUUCGUACUGAGACAUCCGGCGACAAAGCUGAAAUACUCGAUGCAAUCCACGAAAUUGGUACAAGUACGAGCAAUGAAGUGGAUACCAGUCAACUUGUUCAAGCUGUCAGAGAAGAGUUUGAGAAUAUUCGAGAGUCCAUUGGCAUGAGCCUGGUCAAGUCUGAGCCAUCUGAGAAGGACGAGAUUAUAUCAGCUUUGCGUGAAAGUUUUGAGAAUCUACAAGCCGAGACUAUGCAAAAACGAGAUGGUAACGAAAGCACGUUCUCAAAUACUAGCGAGUUGCUUGAAGCCUUUAACGACGGUGUUGACACUAUUAGAGCGGACUUGGAAACUCUCAUUCACAAGUCAGAUGAACAGAGUAACUCCGAGGUACUCGAUGCAUUGAAAGAAGGAUUGGAAUCGAUCAAAUUCGAGAUGGAAGCUUUGAGAACGUCUCAGAAAGAGUUUGAAGAAACAUCGACUACUCGAGGCCAAGAAUUGAUUCUUGCCAACGAAAGCAACAUAAGUAGUGAUAUUGAAAGCCUUAAGGUCUUGAUUACGCAACUACAAAUCAAGGUUGAAUCGAUAGAGGCCAAUCCAGCACCAGCUCCACCACCGGAAGAUGCCUUGAAAAGGGAGCAUCUAGACGAGGUUUUGUCAGCUGUGCGAGACGUUCACGGAUCUGUGGCUGAAGCCAAUACUCGUAAGGAGGAUGCAGAGAUAAUUGAGACUCUUCUACGAGACACUGUCGCCAAAUUCGACGAGUUCAAUAUCCCUUCAACUGAAGAUCUUGCUAAAUCGGAACAAGUUAUGACUCUGGAAGUAGUCGUCUCAGAACUGAAGGAUGCCAUUGCUGAAGUGGCUGCUCGCCUUGAAACGGAGAGCUGCACUAAGGCUGAUUUUGGUACACUUGAAACGCUGCUGAAGGACUUGUGGGUUGCCGUGGAGGAGUCGAAGAGCCAGGCCAAGGAUCUCCCAGAAGGAGAGGAAGCCCCUGAGCCUAUUUUUAAGAGUGAUCUUCAGACCGUGGAAGCUAUGAUCUGUGAAGUCAAGACUAGUAUUGAGGAGUUGAAGCUUCCUGACGUCGAGACGCUACCUGCAAAAUCAGAUAUCGAAGCACUUUCGGAGCUCAUCAAUGCCUUCAAAGAGAAGGUCGAAACGGAGUCAGAUUUGACCGCCCAGGCCUUUGAAGCACGCAAAGUUGAGCACGGAGGCUUGGCUGAAAAGAUUGAAGAGGCCAAGGUUGUUGUUGCCGACCUUCGUGACGAGCUCAAGGGCAAGCUUGAUGGAAGCGAGGAGGGCUUGUUAGAACUAAAAACACUUCUCGAAGGUCUGGCUGUGUCUUCCGAAGCUUUCACAACUGUAGAAAGCGUCAAAGAACUUAGUGAUCUCGUCAACAGAGAGUUUGAACGUGCACGAGGCGAACAGGAAGCGACCAAACUCGAAACAGAAGAACGAGAUGCAGCAAUGAUGGUCAAACAAGACGAGACUCGUGCUGCAAUUGUAGCAGACCUGGAAAAGAAAGUGGAUGAACGUAUUGAUCACAUCUUGUCCAAGUACGACGAAUUGCAAGAAAAUCUCGACAAAAAGUUCUCCGAAACAGAGGAACGAGACUCAUUGAAUGUCGAACACCUGACAAGCACAAAGGGUCUUGCCGAGGAUAUCAAGUUGAUCAUUGGUGCCAUGGGCAACAGCGUUACUGAGUCUUGCGAGCGCAUGGGUGACGACACCAAAACGCUUUUUGGCAAGAUCAGCGAAUCGUAUGACAAGAUGGAAGAGAUGCAUAACGAGAUCAAGGAAUUCAACGAUUUGUCCAAGGUCGAGUUAGAGAAGACCUCAGCCGCCACAGAUCGAGUCGAAAGUCAAAUACUGGAAUAUCAUCCCCAAAUUCUUGGUGCAAUCAAAGAUAUCCUGAUGCUUGUUGGACAACAUUAUGAACAUUCUCAAAAGUCAAAUGAAGAGCUUAGUAGGAAUCUUUCCGCUAUUCCUGCCUCUAUCCCGACGAUGCUCCCUGCUCUACUCCCGCCUCCUCCAGAGCCUCGCGAAAUCAUAGUUCCCGACAAGUAUGAUGAUACCGAACUCCACUCGAAGCUCGAUUUGAUCAUGAACCAUGCCGAAAGCACUAAGAACAUCAUACCGGAAAAGUACGAUGAUUCCGAGCUCCGAUCUAAGCUUGACAUGAUCAUGAGUCAUACGGAGAGUACGAGAAAUAUCAUCCCGGAAAAGUAUGACGAUACUGAAAUCCACUCGAAGCUCGACUUGAUCAUGAACCAUGCCGAGAACACGAGCAAAACAAUGGCAGGCAUGGACAAGCUGGAUCAGAUUCAUGAGAAGGUUAUCGAGACCUCGCGUGAGAUUACUGAGAUGGUCGCAACACAGUCGCGUCUCGUUAUUGAAGACUAUGAGCGUAAGAAACGGGAGGCUGAAGAAGCUGCGUACGCUCUUGAGAGAAGGCUUGCACAGAAAGAGAAAGUAGAAUCCGAAAUUCUCAGCUUGAACGAUGAAAAAGAGUCACUCCUCAAAAUGAUCCAGGCCAUGAAGACUGAGAAAGAGCAGCUCACUAAGCAGAAUACCAAACUCGGGAAAGAACUCCACGGAUUGGAAACUGCUCUCGAUAUCCGACAACACGAGAUGGAGCUUUUUGAAGAACGUGCACAAGGUCUGGAAAAGCGAAUCCUUGCAGGUGUCUUCGAUCAUGCUAGAACCAUGCUUCUGAAGGAAAGCGGACGAGGCAAGAGCCGUAUGAGCCUCCGACGCAUCCCCAGCUAUGGCAGCAACGCCACAAGAACUAGUCGUGCUACUAGUCGUGCAACCAGUACCAAUAGCGCAGCCAAGGAUACUCGCAGCUUGGUCAGCAAUGGCGUGGAGAUGGUUUUGAAACGCCGCCAGCCAGCUAAAACUCCGGCCUAUAAUGGGUCUACCGUGUCGUCCAAUGGCGGCAAGGAGCGUCGUAUUCUCAGUCUCAGCCAUGUAACUGGCAAUCGUGGACCUACUGAUCGUCACGUCACGGCUCCAGUCGGUACUGGUGGGCUGACGAACCUCAAGCGCAGUCACUCGGUCCGAUCCAAUAUACCAUCGCGCAAGACAUCCUGGGGAACAUCAAGAGACUUCGAGGCUAACAAGGAGAACGAGAGCUUCCUCGAAGAAGACGAGCAAUUCAGUGCUGGUCACAGCGAUGCGGGGACUGAGCGGACAGCCGACACGGGUCAUUACUUAGAAAGUGUGAGCCAUGACAGUGAAAGCACCAUCUCAGCCAGCCGUCAGCCUAGUCGUCAAACCAGUCUUCAGUCGAGUCGUCAGCCCAGUUAUGCCAGCACAACGAACGGUCUGGUUGCCGAGCACACUGGAUCCAUUAUUGAAGAGGAUAACGAGGACGAAGACGAGGUUGAGCAUCAUGAUGAGUCAUAUGAGCAAGAGUCCGAGCAAGAAUCCGAGCGCUCUGAUGCAGAAGACCCGGAAGAUCACGAGGAACAACACGACGGAAGUGUUGAUGAUGAAGGCGACUAUCAGACCACUAUUGACGAGCACGAAGAGCACUCUGCGAUCGAAGAGGGUCUUUCCGAACUGGAGGCACCACCCGGAUUCAAAAUCCCUGGUCAGAAUGACAGCGGUUUGGGAAGUGACAUCCAGCGCCCUAUCAAUGUCUAA